AUGACUCCAUAUAUCCCAAGAGAAAACCAUCGUACCUACUACACCACACCGCUUCCUACGCCAGACGAAGCGCUGGCAAUGCAUACAAAGGAGCUUACCCGCUCCACUGAUAUGGUGGAUUCAGGUGGAGCUCAUAGCCAGCUCCCGGGAAAACGACUGGUUCGCGAUUGCCACGCUGAGCAUGAGAGUAGCCGUCCUCUGGACCAACGUUUCGACUUCAUUCCGGCAUAUACCAGGUACAGCAGCUACCACCUAGCCGCGGCGACCUACCUUGGCCUCAUCGACGACCCUAAGUUGCAAGCCGAUGGGGUGCGCUCUCAGCACUGCUUGCGACUUCGAACGAAGCCGCGGGAACAUAGCGCUGCAAUUGGGGAAAGUGGCGUGGAACAUUUCGACUCUCGUGGUGUUUGCUUAUGGCCUUCCGAGGAUGCUCCCUCGGAGCUACUGGCCCUACUAUGUCCAGACUCGUCCACCAGUCUUGUUCGGGCUGUUUGUGACGAGCGGUCGAUCAUAUACUCUACCUCUGCUGAAGUAUUGCCCCCAAUCACCAUAUGCUGA